AUGUCGACACCAAACGGCUCACGCCGCACACCGCGUAGCACCAACAAUGCGAUGCGCUCGUCGUCGCCGCUCGCCUUCCCCUCGUCCUCGGUAGGCGGCACGCCUCGCCCGGCCGCGCUUCGCAACCAGGCAGCACCUAACCCCCUCGCAUCCUCUUCGCCUCUCAACUUUCCCACUUCGUCGCCUCGCCAGCCAUCUUCGUCUGCCCGCCCCCGCGCCGCGCCUUCGUCGUCGGGCCUGCGCGGUGUUCGCUCCGACACUCCCCUCUUCCUCCCCACGUCGGGUGGCUCGACACCGCGCCGCCCCCAUCGCGGCGACAUCCACUCGUCCUUCCCCCUCUCUUCGCCCUCGUUUGCGCGCCGCACCGCCCAGCGCGCCAACCCCCUCGCUGCAUCCUCCCCUGUUGCGUUCCCGACCUCGGAUGCGCCGGGAAGCGAUGCCCAGCCCCACAGCAGCCUCACCAUGUCGCAGGCUGACCCUGGAGAGGAGGGCUUUGACCAGGACGAGAACGACACGGGUAUGGUCAAGCUCAUCUGGGGCACAACCUUGAAGCUCCAGGAGGCCCUCAACUCGUUCCGCGACUUCCUCCGCGGCUUCAAGCCCAAGUACCGCGCCGCGUACAACGCUGCCCAGGCUGAGGCUAUCAAAGCGGCGGGUGGCAUCCAGCCGCCCCCGAUGCCCCUGUACGACAACCUGAGCGCCGCCGACGCCGACAAGCCCCUGUACGAGGGCUACCUGCUCCAGCUUCGCGAGACUGGCGAGUCUGUACUCAACCUUGACGCGCUCAACCUCCUCGCCUACCCACCCACCAAGAAGCUCUACUACCAGCUCCUCAACUUCCCCCAGGAGGUUGUCCCCAUCGUGGACCAGGUGCUCCGUGAUGUCAUGUACGAGCUUCUCGAGGAAGAGUUCUCUGUCGCCGAGGCCCAGGCGGCCGAGGGUGUCAUCAGCGAAUUGCAGUUGGCUGCUGUCGAAAACGAGCUGCGCAAGGUCGAGACUCGUGUUUUCAAGAUCAGGCCGUACAGCGGCGAGAAGACGGUCAACAUGCGCGAUCUCAACCCUGGAGACACGGACAAGCUCAUCUCGGUCAAGGGUAUGGUUAUCCGCGCGACGCCAGUCAUCCCCGACAUGAAGACGGCCUUCUUCCGCUGCAUUGUCUGCCAGCACACAAUGCAGGUGGAGAUCGACCGCGGCCAGAUCAGGGAGCCUGAGAAAUGUCCUCGUGACCAGUGCUCGACGAGCGGCUCGAUGAUGCUUAUCCACAACCGCUCCGAGUUCAUCGACAAGCAGGUUGUUCGCCUCCAGGAGACCCCUGACGUUGUCCCCGACGGACAGACCCCGCACACCGUUUCGCUCUGCCUGUACGACGAGCUGGUCGACCUCGUCAAGCCAGGUGACCGUGUCGUGGUGACUGGUAUCUUCCGCUCGAUCCCCGUCCGUGUCAAUCCCCGCCAGCGAAGCAUCAAGGCUCUGUUCAAGACCUACGUCGAUGUCGUUCACGUCAAGCGCACAAACGUCGGCCGUAUGGGCUUUGACCCCAGCACUCGUGACCCCGCGAGCAGGCCUCCUGGUGUUGGUGUCGGCGGCGAGGACGACGAGGGUGAGGUGCUCCAGGGUAGCAUGCGUGCCAAGGACGGCAUGGACGAGGACGACGCCGACCUGAGUCUGUCUGCUGCCGAGGAGAUGGAGCAGAAGCUGCUCGGCCUUUCCAAGCACCCCGACAUCUACGAGAUGCUCGCCCGCUCGAUGGCCCCGUCCAUCUACGAAAUGGACGACGUCAAGAAGGGUAUUCUGUUGCAACUGUUCGGCGGUACCAACAAGAGCAUCUCGCGUGGUGGCGGUGGCGGCGGCCCUCGUUACCGUGGUGACAUCAACGUACUCAUGGUCGGUGACCCCGGUACUUCCAAGUCGCAGAUCCUCCAGGUGAGUUGGCGUUUCGACGGGCUGUCUAACUCGCUCCAGUAUGUCCACAAGAUUGCUCCCCGCGGCGUGUACACCUCGGGCAAGGGCUCGUCGGCUGUUGGUCUCACUGCGUACAUCACCCGUGACCCGGACUCGAAGCAGCUCGUCCUUGAGAGUGGUGCAUUGGUCCUGUCCGACGGCGGUGUCUGCUGCAUCGACGAGUUUGACAAGAUGUCGGACGCCACCCGUUCUGUUCUCCACGAAGUCAUGGAGCAGCAGACAGUGUCGAUUGCCAAGGCUGGUAUCAUCACGACGCUCAACGCGCGUACUUCCAUCCUUGCUGCUGCCAACCCGAUCGGUUCGCGCUACAACCCCAAGCUGCCUAUUCCGGCCAACAUUGACCUGCCGCCCACUCUCAUCUCCCGUUUCGACCUCCUCUACCUCGUUCUCGACAAGGUUGACGAGAUGAACGAUCGCAGGUUGGCUGCCCACCUUGUUGGUCUGUACCUCGAAGACAAGCCAAAAACUGCUGGCGAAGACAUCUUGCCCCUUGAUGAACUCACUGCCUACAUCACGUAUGCCCGUGCCAAGGUCAACCCGGUGCUCACCGAGCUCGCGUCCAACGCCCUUGUCUCAGCCUAUGUCGAGAUGCGCAAGGUUGGUGAGGACUCGCGCUCUGCCGAGAAGCGUAUUACGGCCACCACGCGUCAGCUGGAGAGCAUGAUUCGUUUGUCAGAGGCGCACGCCCGUAUGCGCUUCUCUGACACGGUCGACCUCGAGGACGUUGUCGAGGCCACUCGACUUAUCCGCGCUGCCCUCCGUGAGAGUGCUACCGACCCCCUCACUGGCCAGAUUGACCUGGACCUCAUCACGACCGGCGCUGGCCAGACGGCCCGCCGUGUCCGUGCCGACCUCAAGCGUGAGAUCUUGACGCUUGUCGACGCCGCUGGCCGCACCGGUCUCAGGUGGAACGCAGCCAUCAGGAGCCUCGAGACGCAGUCAACCGUUCCGAUCGACCACCACGAGUUCUCCGAGGUCGUCAAGGAGCUCUCGAACGAGGGUAUCGUCAAGGUCGUCGGCGACAAGGACAGGCGUACGAUCAGGAGGCUGGCAGACUAGGCCGCGAUCAACAGUGUAGAUUAUUAGGACUCCUUGACGGGUCGACUUGCCCGAUUGAUACAAUACAUAGUGU